AGGCGGGACUUCCUCUGUGAUGCGGAUAUUGAGGGUGAGCAGAAAGGGCUUGGUCGGGGUGUCACUGCUGGAUGUGUGCGGCUCCGGACAGCAGAGAACCGGGCUGACGACGCCGCUGAAGCUGAACCUGAAGCCCCGUAAAUGAAGCUCCUGCUCGGAUAUGCUGCCCUGAAAGCCCCGCGUGGAUCCGCACUGCCAACAUGUCUGAUGUCAACAAGACGAUUCAGAAAUGGCACGCCAGUUUUAGGAAAGGGACGGACUUUGACUCGUGGGGACAAUUAGUGGAAGCUAUAGAUGAGUACCAAAUGUAAGUUUCCUUCAACAUGUGUGUAUGUGUGUACCUGUGUGUGUGUGUGUGUCCUCACAGAACAGCUGGUUUAUCCUCAGGAGACACAGCUCUCCUCAAGUCUGCAUGAAGCAAACGGAGUCUGCAGCAGCAGCAGCAGGAGAAGUUGAAUCCUCCUGAUCUGUCAGUCAGUCAGUCUAUGAGCUCCCACAGCAGUAAACAAACCCUACCCACCCAUGACGUGAUGUGGCAGUGGCUGCAGAGGAGCUGCUGCUGCUGCUGCUGCUGUUGUGGGGAUGAUGAUGAUGAUGAUGAUGCAUGGAUCCAUCCACGGAGAGUCUGCUCAGGCAAACGGAAAUACACGCAGUUUGUUUCAUUCUGAGCAGAAAUGAGAAAAUAUUCCUGGGAGUAUUGAGAAAUAGUCAGCCACACCCUCCUCUCAUUGUUAUGGGUGGGUUUGUUUCUCAUCUGUGGACUGAGGAGGAAUGUCUGCUGCUUUCACUCAAAUACACGACUUAUCAGAUUUAUCUAAACACCAACCUGCUUUAUCAACUAAUAAUGUUUUUUUUAAUUGCAGUUAAAAUGUAAAAAUGCACACCCUGAAAACUCUCUUUUGACCGCAAGGGGGCGCAGAGCUAAGUUUUACUGCAGAGCUCUAACGCACUCUGUGUUGUUGUUCCUCUUCAGUCUGGCCAGGCAGCUCCAAAAAGAGGUCCAGUCAACAACCAACUCAUCAGACUUCACCGAGGAGCAGAAGGUAAUCAUUACACCAACAACAUCUAACCUCUGGACUGAGAGCUAAAGUGUCCUGAAUUCACCAACAAGUGCUUUUGUUUUUUGGCCUUUUGUCACAGAAAACUUUAGGAAAGAUUGCAACAUGCCUGGAGAUGAGGAGUGUCAGUCUGCAGGUUUGCAUUAUUAUUAUUAUUUUAAAAACUGCAUGAAAAAUAUGACUGAAAAACACAUGAAAUAUAUAUGUGGUUAAAAGAAAAAACUUACAUGAUGAAGAAGUGUCAGUUUUUACAUUACUCAGUGUGAUUGCACAGAAAAGAGAAGUAGUGUCCUACUGUAGAAUCCUAGAGUCCUACUGUAGAUACCUAGUGUCCUACUAUGGAGUCCUAGUGUCUGACUAUAAAAUCCUAGUGUCCUAUUAUUGAGUCCUAGUGUCUGACUGGAGAGUCCUAGUUUCCUACUGUAGAAUCCUAGAGUCCUACUGUGGAUACCUAGUGUCCUACUAUGGAGUCUUAGUGUCCUACGGUAGAGUGUUAGUGUCCUACUAAAGAGUCCUAGUGUCCUGUUGUAGUCCUAAUGUCCUACUGUAGAGUCCUAGUGUCCUACUGUAGAGUCCUAGUGUCCUACUGUGAAAUAUCAAAUUGUACAAAAUAAAGACCAAAAAAGGUUCUUUACUGCAUUCAGGCCACAUAAAAAGAAACCAAGAAGGACUGCAACUGUGUGCCUUUCAAAAUAAGAUAUUUUGCAAAAUAAAAGACAUUUUAAACAUAAAAUUUUUACUUUUAUGACCAGCUGUUCGCAACCCAUCCAUAACGUGCCCGAGACCAACUUUUGGGUCGGGACCCACAAGUUGAGAACCACUGACUUAUAACAUUUAUGCACAAAAGUACAAUAUAAGUGUCUGCACAGUCAAAGACUUAAAUAUAAAUAUACUUUUCUUUUUUUUUCACAUUUUCAGCCCGUUUCUUCCUCCACAUGUGCAGAAUAAUAAUAAAGAUAUCAUGUCUGUUUUCCUGUAGUGUACACAGUCGACAGAGGAGUUCAAGUUAGAGGAACUGAAGAAACUGGAAACCAGUAAGUGCUGUGACUGGUAAUGGUCUGUAAUCCCACUGUAGUGAGCUGAUAUUCUGGUUAAAACUUUCUUUUUUUGUCAUCAGUAAUCCAGAAUAUUCUCACCUACAACAAAGAGUUCCCCUUCGCUGUUCAGCCCGUGCCCUUAAGGUAAAGAUUCACUUCGACACAUCCUCUCUAACAGUUUUAAAGCUCAGUGUGAUCUUGUUUGGCGUUCGUGUUUAUGGACAAACUUUGGAUGAAUGUGUGUGAGACAAGAUCAUCUCAAAUCUAACCGUCUGUACAGAAAUAAUGAGAGUUCUGGUUCCUCUCUCUCAGGAAAAUCCUGGCUCCAGGUGAAGAGGAGAACCUGGAGCUGGAGGAAGAGGAGGAUGCUGCAGCAGGAGCAGGAUCUACAGAAGCGUUUCCUCCUCGAGCUCCUGGUGAAGUUUACAGUUUUUUUAAUCUCAGAUUCAGAGUUACAGGCUGUUGGAUUUGUCGUGUCCUCUUGUCGUUUUGUUGUUUUUUUUGGAGGGCUGUUUGACUGUUUGUCCUUUCUCACUCUCUCUGUCGGUGCUGUGCAUGGCUUCAUCGCUCAUUCCUGCCUGCUUCAUUCACAGCUUCACAAGGUACGGCUUUCUCAUCCAGCAGCAUCUCAGUGUGUUCUCUGCUGCAUGACAGGAAAACUCAGAUUUACAGACGUGAACAUUUUAGCUGCAAACUCAGACUUUGACUAAAACAGAAGUUUUCCUGAGGGAUCAUUCAAGUUUAGGGUCUUGAUACUUCUUAAAAUGUCAUCUGCUAUUGGUUAAUGUUUGACCCAUCGUUAUGGUGAUUUAAAACCUUUGUCCUCUGCAGGUACUUUGUUGCCACGGUUACCCUCAGAGCCUGGGAUGACACUUCUUACACUAAAGAUAGAGAAGAUCGGUUUGAAGGACGCGGGGCAGUGCAUCGAUCCGUACAUGACCAUCAGUGUCAAAGGUAACGCUCCGGUCACCGGCGUACUGACAGGUGAAAGAAUGUUACCUGUAAAAUCUCUGAGGUGAAACGAUCAUGUGACCCACAGCCGUAACACAGUGAUGAGUCCACAUCAGGCCCAGCCCUCUUUCUGCUGAGGUCUCUGAUCAACCUGCAAAAAAACUGUUUUAAAAACACAAAACUUGAAGACCAGCAGCUCUUCACUCAUACAGACACAGAUAGAUGUGUAGUUAUAGAUGUAACAUGUGUAUACUGUAGGUUUGUACUGAUAUACAAGUGUGAUCUGUGUCUGUCCUGCAGAUGUGAACGGUGUAGACUUGAACCCGGUGCAGGACACCCCUGUGGCCUCCAGGAAAGAAGACACUUACAUUCACUUCUCUGUAGACGUGGAGAUCCAGAGACACGUGGAGAGGUUACCCAAAGGUAACACCAAACAAGAGUCCUACUGAAAAGUCUUAGAGUCCUACUAUAGAGUCCUAGUGUCCUACUGUAGGGUCAUAGUGUCCUACUGUAGAGUCCUAGUGUCGUACUGUGGAGUCCUAGUGUCCUUCUAAAGAGUCCCAGUGUCCUACUCUAGGGUCUUAGAGUCCUACUAUAGAGUCCUAAAAUCCUACUGUAGAGUCCUAGAGUCCUAGUGUAGAGUCCUAGUGUCCUACUGUAGUAUCGUAGAGUCCUACUAUAGAGUCCUAGUGUCCUACUGUAGAGUCCUAGAAUCCUACUGUAGAGUCCUAGUGUCAAACUGUAGAGUCCUAGUGUCCUAAUCUGGAGUCCUAGAGUCCGACUAUAGAGGCCUAGAAUCCUACUAAAGAGUCUCAGUGUCCUACUGUAGAGUCCAUGUGUCCUACUAUAGACUCCUAGUGUCCUACUACAGAGUCCUAGUGUCCUACUGUAGAGUCCUUAAGUCCUACUGUAGAAUCAUAGAGUCCUACUGUAGAGUUCUAGUGUCCUACUAUAGUUUAGAACCCUAGAGUCCUACUAUAGAGUCCUUGUGUCCUACUAUAGAAUCCUAGAGUCCUACUGUAGAUUCCUACCUCCCGCUGUAGUGACCUAGAGUCCAACUGUACAGUCCUAGUGUCCUACUAAAGAGUCCUAGAAUCCUACUGUAGAGUCCUUGUGUCCUACUAUAGAGUCUUAGAGUCCUACUGUAGAGUUCCAGUGUCCUACUGUAGAGUCCUAGAAUCCUACUGUAGAGUCCUUGUGUCCUACUAUAGAGUCUUAGAGUCCUACUGCAGAGUCCUACAUUACAGUCCUCGUUGAGGAAAAUGAAGGGGCUGCAGGCCGAUUCCCACAGAAACUGAAAUGUUGUUAGUGAUGAGCGAACACAUUUUUGUGGGAUUUGUUGAGGGUCAGAAAAUCUCGGAUGAGUCCGAUCUUAUCCUCUAAGUCAGUUUGAAUCUCCUGCUGAAUAUUUUUCAGAAUCGAGACCCGAGUGAAGCUUCAGAGCGAUAACAGCUCAGGUGGAGUUGACCUGUUUUCUCAUGUUUUCACAGGAGCAGCUAUCUUCUUUGAAUUCAAACACUACAAACCCAAAAAAAGGUUCACCAGCACAAAGUGUUUCGCCUUCAUGGAAAUGGACGAGAUCAAACCGGGUCCGAUUGUUAUUGAACUGUAAGUCCACCAAAAAGUUCCUGUUUGAUUCAUUUAUUACAGGGAACCUUUUUUUUUUAAAGGUAAAUAAUGAAAAUCUGUCGUUUCAGGUACAAAAAGCCGACAGACUUCAAGAGGAAGAAACUGCAGCUCUUAACAAAGAAACAACUCUAUCUUCAUCUCCAUCAGACGUUACACAAGGACAGCUAAGUCUCAGCACGCCACCGACAGUUUUAUACCUUCGUCUGACGUCCACGUGUCGAACUGUGGGAACGCCUCGUCAUCACAUCCAGCAAUACUAAAGCAACCUCAUGGUCUCCGUUUCUGAGGGAACCGGGCCGGACGGUUUCAGCUCUGCAUUUUAAUCUUCUUCUCGUCUGACAUGUUUACUUACCCCCUCUGUUAAUAAUCAUGAUAAUACGCUGUUUUAAAGCUUCUCAGAGCUUAAAUACUAAAAUAGAUUGAUGUUGAAACAGUCACUCCGCAUCAGCCUGCAGCUUCCUGACGACAAACUGUGAGUUAACGCUGGUACUGAAACGUCGUCCACAUGUAACACGAUUCGUUAACGCUCUUUAACUUUAAAUUCAAAGUGACAGUGAAACAUUCGAAGACUGACGUCGACAGGAAAGAGUGAAAUAAACACUCACCUGGAUGAAGGAGGAUUCCAAAUUUACAGCAGCGAUCCUCACGUUACUUUGCAGAUCAGUUAAAUUUCUGAUUUAAAUCUCCUCUCUCUGGUUUUUGAAGGAUCAUCUCACGCUUCAGUUUCAAAUCAAGCGAAUAAAAACUUUGACUGAAUUUUCCUCCAUUUUUUCCUCCACCCUUUUUUUGAAGCUGCAUGUUGUUUUUCUUUUUUGCUCUCUUUCCUUCGACAUCACAUUGUAAUAUUUGUUUUUCAGAUUUUUAUUUUUGUAACGUCACACUAUUCAGGACUGUAAAUUAACUGUAAAUUACACUAACGGAUGAAUAUACAGUAACUGUGUGUUUGAAUGACUCGGACCUGUGGAGCGUUUUGGUUUUGUUGACACUGAGGGGAACAAACAUUUACAAUGCUUUAAUUUCUAAUAAACUACAAUUUAAGCUGUU